AUGCCUGCGUCUGCGUCCACGGGAAUGUUCGGCGCCCCGAUCGAGUACAUACAAGAUCGCCUUUACCUGGCUUCGUACUAUAGCCCUCCCACCGAGAAUACUCCGUUUCCGUUUCUCGCUGCACCACCAAAAUCGCCUAGCAAGAGGCGAGCCGGGGCAAACACCCCGUCCAGGAAAUAUCAGGCGACCAAGACUCCAAUAUAUUUCAAUAUAGAUGGACUCCUUCUGUAUAACGCUUUCCACGCAGACUUUGGCCCGCUCCACAUCGGUCACCUCUACCGGUUUGCAGUGCAUUUCCAUGAGAUCCUGGGUGACCCCGAAAACACCGACAGACCAGUCGUUCUGUGGACUAAGCCAGACCCGAGGAGCCGGGCGAAUGUUGCAUGUGUCGUAGCUUGCUACAUGGUUUUGAUUCAAUCAUGGCCUCCUCAUCUUGCCUUGGCUCCGAUUGCCCAGGCCGACCCUCCCUACAUGCCAUUCAGAGAUGCAGGCUACAGCCAGGCGGACUUCGUUCUCACCAUCCAGGACGUGGUAUACGGUGUGUGGAAAGCAAAGGAGGAAGGAUUAUGUGGCCUGAAGGAUUUCAGCCUGGAAGAAUAUGAAAAGUACGAACGAGUAGAUAUGGGCGAUUUCAACUGGGUCACACCAAGCUUCCUUGCGUUUGCGUCGCCUCAGCAUUCUCCAAUCGCACCUGUUCCUCAGAACACCCCCGAAUUCGCUGCCCUGCCUUUCACCGUCGAGCAGGUCCAAGAUAGCGAGUUGCCACUCCCCUUCAAGAAUGUCCUCACGCAUUUCUCAACGAGAAACGUUGGCCUGGUCGUGCGAUUGAACUCCGAGCUCUAUAGCCCAUCGUACUUUACCGCAUUGGGAAUAAACCAUAUUGACAUGAUCUUCGAAGACGGAACAUGCCCGCCACUCCCAUUGGUAAAACGGUUUAUCAAGAUGGCACACGAGAUGAUCACAAUCAAGGAGAAGGGGAUUGCAAUUCACUGCAAGGCCGGUCUGGGGCGAACUGGCUGUUUAAUAGGAGCGUACCUCAUCUAUCGACACGGAUUCACCGCCAACGAGAUCAUCGCGUUCAUGCGAUUUAUGCGCCCAGGCAUGGUUGUCGGCCCACAACAGCAUUGGCUCCAUUUGAACCAAGGCAGUUUCCGUGAAUGGUGGUUUGAAGAUCAGCUCAAGGAGAAGCUUUCCUUGCCUACUCCAACAACUCCUGGACGUACAUCCACAAAACAGAGAUUGAACAGCAGUCAAACGGCGACGCCUCCACAUGGAAACCAGGCCAAGAGAGCCGCGCUUGGUGAAAUUGACACAAACGAAUCGUGCAACGGUUACGCAGAUGAGAACCUUCCAGCCCCAACCCCAGGACAGCCAAGGAAGUCGCACCGCAAGGACUCAAGGCAUCAUCCAUAUGCCCGCACGCCAUCUGCAAGUCUAGGAGGCGUCGCUAGCUCUCCAAGACGGGGUGCUUCAAAGGGUCAAUCAAGCAACCGUGCCGACAGUGAUGAGGAGAUACAGGCCCUGGUCAACCGUGUUACUUCUCCACGUACCCCAGUGUCCAAUGCCCAGAGAUCCAUCAGCCAUUCUGCGACUAUGACUCCUGAGAUUGAUAUCCACGAAGACGUCGAGAACUGGGUUGGAGACUCGGGCUCACCCAAGCCCAAGACGCCAGUCAACUCUAAAAGCGGUAGCGGAGUUCUAGGUGUAAGCAAGCAGCGGUCCAACCCAAGAAGAACUGCAGACGCUCGAGCUGAACCUCGUGGCGUUCGCAAGACAAGUGGAAGGGUUGGAAGUGCCGGCAACAUUACCAGAGCGAAGGGUGUUUGA